CUCACGUCCUCCUUCUCUCACACUCUUACGUCCCGCUUAUUCUGUGUACGUGUGUAUGAUUUAAGAAUUAACAUUUAUUUUAUUAUAAAUAUACAGAAAAUGUAAUAGAGACUAUAAAUGAGACAAAACUACUGUUGAUUAAACUUCGCAUAAGUUUCUUUUCUCGUCUUUCUUUCUUUUCAGUGCGAGAAGCAUGUGUUUCUUUUGCUUCAAGUGUAGAAAGUGUAAAUAACAGCGACUACCGCUGUGAGAUGUGAGAAUAGUUUGUAACGCGUGUGAAGGGAAGAGAGAGAGAGAGAGAGAGAGAGAGAGAUUCAUUACAAAACAAGACCCGCGCGCGUGCUAUACAUAAAGCAGAAGAACAUAAAGUAAAGUAACGUAAAGAUGGAAGCGAUGGAUACGACAGUGGGUCCGCAUCCGAGAAAAAUGCAUAAUAGUUACGAGGACGAAGAAGAACGAAAACAUUUUCAAAGAAUCGUCGCCGCGUUCAGAUAUUACAAAACACAUUCUCUGCUGCGGGUAAGAAAAACAGAAUCUUACUUUCUCAAUCUACCGUCGCAUCAUCAGAAACUUUUAUCAAAGUACAAGGAGCAUCUACAAGAAAUAAAACGAUGUAUUGAAAAUAAUGAUCAAAUUAUAAAACUUAUUAUAAAAGAUGUAGCCCAUAUAUUUGAAAAUGUAUGCCCAUCUACUGCACAAGUUGAUAGCAUACUAAAUCCACGGUCUGUUAUGGCAGACCAAGAGAAAGUUCAAGCCACCAUUAGGCAGUUGGUUCGGGAUUGGAGUGUGGAAGGUACCGAAGAACGAAAAGCGUGCUAUCAUCCAAUCAUAGACGAAAUAUUGUAUCAAUUCCCAUUAGAACAUUGGACGCCUUCAGACGUACAUGUUUUAGUACCUGGCGCAGGAUUGGGUCGACUCGCCUUCGAAAUUGCGAAACGAGGAUAUACUUGUCAAGGAAAUGAAUUUUCCUUGUUUAUGUUGUUUGCAUCAAACUUUGUAUUAAAUAAGUGUAGGGAUGUAAACUUGUAUCAAGUACAUCCAUGGGUACAUCAAUAUACAAACAAUUUGAAACCAGAACAUCAAACGCAAGCGGUUUCCUUUCCCGAUGUAAGCCCAAGUGAUCUUCCGGGAACCGCACAAUUUUCUAUGACCGCGGGUGACUUUCUAGAGGUUUAUACAGAAGAUAAUCAUUGGGAUUGUGUCGCGACAUGUUUCUUCAUAGACUGUGCCAAUAAUGUUGUGCAAUUUAUCGAGACAAUCUAUAAGAUUCUGAAACCAGGCGGAAUUUGGAUAAAUCUCGGACCAUUACUAUAUCACUUUAGCGAUUUACCGAAUGAAGAAUCGAUCGAGCCGAGUUACGACUCUAUUCGUGAUGUUAUUCUGGGCUUUGGCUUUCAAUUAGAGCAUAUAUAUUUUCAGAAGGAAAAAACGCAGGUAAAGACCCGUUACGCUCAGAACAUUAAUAGCAUGUUACAAUGCGAAUACAAUAGUGUAUAUUUUGUAUGUCGAAAACCUUAUGAACCUGACAGCACAAAUCGCAAUGGCGCUGCAACUAACGGUAUGCAAGAACAAGAGAACUGAAUAAAGCAAAGUAUUUUACUUGUGAAGAAACAUAUUGAACAUUAAAAAAUUAUUAUUUAAAUGCACUCAAAUUUCUCACAUUAUUGUGUGAAAUAGUUCUGCGACUGCAUAAUACAUAAAGCUUAUAUUUUUUCUUUUUUUAUCCUGAAUUUUUUUCAAUUUAUUUAACUCGUUUUAUACAAGAGUUUUCAAUGGUACUAUGAUAUAUUGUCUGAAGUUUCAGUAUCUUCACGAAAGCAAUAGAUAUUAUUUUGUGAAAUUUAUCAGUGUACCAUAACUCCAGACAAAAAUAUCUGAUCUAUUAUAUAUUUUUGUUCAUUGUAUUAUGAUUGGAAUCAAAAGUAUAUACUCUGACAAAGAUUUAGGAAUAUUUAAAAACCAGUGAUUCUCAUACACACACACACA